AUGCGUCUCUUUGGGAAUACGCUCAGUCCUAAGAAAACGCCCCCUCGGAAGUCUGCUUCUCUCUCCAACCCGCAUAAUCUGGAUCGAUCAACCAGGGAGGUCGCGCUGGGCCUGGACUAUGGAACCCCCACCGUGAACCUGGUGGGACAAAGCCUGAAGUUUGAGAAUGGCCAGCGGAGGGCAGAGACGGGGAUUAGCGGAGGUGUGGACCGGAGGGAGGCGCAGCGGCUCCGCGGGCGGAACCAGCAGUUGGAGGAAGCAAACAAUCUCUUGAGGCUAAAGGUGGGCGUCCCGCCGGACAUGCUGUCUGAGACCGCCGCUGAGUCCCGCUUGAUGGAGAAGGAGUGGAGGAGCUGA